CAGUUUGUGCAAGGGAGUAUAGGCUGUGUUGUCAGCCUAGUGUCAGUCUGAUGAAGAUUGGCAUUCAGACUUUGUGUGGAGGACCGGACACUAAGGCGUGGAAGAGCAGACGACAACAACAUAGACUGCUGCUGUGUUGCCGAGGGCAAACUAACUGUCUCCAUGUGAAUCUGUCCCAUGAUGCAACAUGUGUCCCCAGCACUAACAAUGAUGGCCACUCAGAGCGUUCCUCCACCAUCGUACCAGGAGAGCCAACAGAUGACGGGCACCACCCAACAGAACUCCAAGGCCCAACAGGUCCACAUCUCAGCAUCCUCAGAAACUGGGAAUACCCCCAUCAAUGUGACCCUUGACCCCCAGGCCCAGCUGGAGUCAGAUAAGCGGGCCGUUUACAGACAUCCCCUAUUCCCACUGUUGGCCCUGCUGUUUGAGAAGUGUGAGCAGGCCACCCAGGGCUCUGAGUGCAUCACCUCUGCCAGCUUCGAUGUGGACAUUGAGAACUUUGUGCAUCAGCAGGAGCAGGACCACAAGCCAUUCUUCAGCGAGGACCCCGACCUGGACAACCUGAUGGUGAAGGCCAUCCAGGUGCUGAGGAUCCACCUUCUGGAGCUGGAGAAGGUCAACGAGCUCUGCAAGGACUUCUGCAACCGCUACAUCACCUGCCUCAAGACCAAGAUGCACAGCGACAACCUGCUUCGCAAUGACCUGGGCGGGCCCUACUCGCCCUCGCACACCUCGCUCAGCCUGCAGCAGGACCUCCUCCAGACAUCCUCUCCGUCCAUGACAUCAGUCUCCAGCUCCGUCAACUCCUCGGGCAUCAUGAUGCCCACCGGGACCCUGCAACAGGGUAACAUUGCCAUGACUACCAUCAACUCCCAGGUGGUGUCAGGUGGCACCUUGUAUCAGCCGGUUGCCAUGGUGACGUCGCAAGGGCAGGUGUUAACCCAGGGACUCUCCCAGGGGACCAUCCAGAUCCAGAAUUCACAGGUAAACCUGGACUUGGCUUCACUCUUGGACAGUGAUGACAAGAAGCACAAGAACAAGAGAGGGGUCCUGCCCAAGCACGCCACCAACAUCAUGCGCUCCUGGCUCUUUCAGCAUCUCAUGCAUCCUUACCCAACAGAGGACGAGAAAAGACAGAUUGCAGGACAAACAAAUCUGACAUUAUUACAGGUCAACAACUGGUUUAUCAACGCUCGCAGGCGCAUCCUCCAGCCCAUGCUGGAUGCCAGUAACCCAGACCCAGCUCCCAAGGCUAAGAAGAUGAAGUCCCAACACCGUCCAACCCAGCGCUUCUGGCCAGACUCCAUUGUUGCUGGCGUCUUGCAGACACAUGGACCUCACUCUAACAACGCUGACAACCCCUUAGGCUUGGACAGCCUCCAGCCCCUGUCCUCUGACUCAGCCACCCUGGCCAUGCAGCAAGCAAUGCUGGGUGGAACCGACGACUCCAUGGAUGGCACAGAGGAAGAAGAUGAGGAGGAGGAGGAGGAGGAGGAGGAGGAGGAGGAAGAGGAAGUUAUGGAGGAGGAAGAGGAAGAUGAGGAGGAGGAAGAGAGCGAGGGAGGGAGACGUAUAUCUGGCGGCGGAGGAAGGAGAGAUCUGGGCAUGGAGCAUAGAGAGGGGCUAGAUUGGGACGGGACUCCGCCCCAUGCUAAAAUCCUUCAUGCUCUAGGGCUCAGUGCUAUAAAGUCUCAGUGGACUCUGUUUGCCAGCGUCAAGAUGUCCAUCGCUAAUGCAGCCGCGCAGGCCAUGCUGUCGGAUGCCUUGCUCCGGGACGGCGCCGGGGGCAGCCAUAUCGGGCACCUGGAGCUGGAGCUGCCGCUCGACAGGGUCAUCAAGUUUGUGUCCGUGGGGCUGCCCUUGCUGCUGGUGUCCAUGGCCUUCGCUCGCGAAAUCUCCAUCGCGUUUUCUCUGAAGUGGCCCUUUGCCUGUCGCCCUGCCCUGCACUCCCAGCACGGCUGUAGAGGAGAUGGGCUGAAAGGAAGGGUGUGGACCCACUCUGUGAUCAGCUGUUUCCCACCUAACAACUUCACAGCCAGGCAGGCAGCCUAUGUUGACACGUACUGCUGGGACUCCCUGAUGCACCAUGAGUUUGACACAGAUGGAAAGUUCGAGGAGCGAUCCCUCUGGGUGCACAAGAUUUUCCCUUACUCUCUGUUGGCUAUGACCAUGCUGAUGUACCUGCCUGCCCUCAUCUGGCGUUUCCUCGUGAUGCCAUCGCUGGGCUCUGACCUGCUCUUCAUCAUUGAUGAGCUGGACAAGUCCUACAACCGCUCCAUACGAUUGGCUCAGAGCAUCCUGGAGAUGCGACAGAACACCCAGAACCCCCUCACAUUCCAAGCCGAGCUUGAGAGGGCCAAGAGGAAGCGCUACUUCGAGUACCCCCUGUUGGAGAGGUACAUGCAGAGCAAGCAGAGCUCCUACUUCCUGGUCAGCAUGCUCUUUCUCCGCGGCUUCCUGUUGCUCACCUUCAUGUCGGCCUCCUGCCUCUACCUCGUCUAUUUCCACCUGUCCGCCUUCCUCCGGGACGAGUUCAGCUGCUUCGUCCGCACGGGCCUGCUGCGUGACCAAAACUGGGUUCCCGAGCUGGUCCAGUGCAAGAUGACCGGCCAACUGGUCUUCCAGGUGAUUAGCGUGGCUAACGGCGCUAUCUAUGUCCUGCUGGUGCCUAUCGUGCUGUUCAGCUUGGUCCGCCUCUUCUGCUGGGAUACGGCUCUAUUGUCGGUGUAUGAGGUUCUCCCCGCAUUGGGCCUCAACAGUGGUCACAAACUGGGCUGCCCGCUCAACGACCUCAACGUUCUUUUACUGUUUCUGCGCGCUAACGUGGUGCACCUGCAAUCUUAUGGCAGACUGAGGGCUAUAUGCUCGCUGGCACCCCCGCAGAUCGGGAAGGGUAAUGGCAUGAAGGGUGUGAGGAUGCUGACGGAGGAGGAGAUUGAGGAGAGGGCCGAGAUGGCGCAGGAGUUGGAGGAGGACGUGGAGGAGCUGCAGGAGGAAGGGAAGCUCAACCUGGUGGACAUCAUGACCAUCUUAGGAGCGGCCCGGGGAAACGCUGUCAAUUGCACAGAGUCCAGGCCACUGGUGGAGGAGAAUAUGAGUCUGGAGCCAAACCACCAGGGGUACCAUGAGUUGAAGGAGACUGGACCAUGUAAAAAUGACUAAAUCACCAAUGGACAUCAAUGUGACACCAAUCAAUGUGGAUGAAGGAAAAAUAUACUGAACAAAAAUAUUAGCGCAACAUGCAACAAUUUCAAAGAUUGUACUGAGUUACAGUUCAUAUAAGGAAAUCAGUCAAUUUAAAUAUGUUUAAGGCCCUAAUCUAUGGAUUUCAAAUGACUGGGCAGGUGUGCGGCCAUGGGUUAGCCAUGCCCAGCUAAUCCGAAUGUGUUUCCCCCAAAAAAAGGGCUUUAUUACUGACAUAAAACCCCUCAGUUUCAUCAGCUGUCUGGUUGGCUGGUCUCAGACAAUUCCGCAGGUGAAGAAGCCGGAUGUGGUGGUCCUGGGCUGGAGUGGUUACAUGGGGUCUGCAGUUGUAAGGCCGGUUGGAAUUACUGCCAAAUUCUGUAAAACAAUGUUGGAGGUGGCUUAUGGUAGAGAAAAUAGCAUUUAAUUCUCUGGCAACAGCUCUGGUGGACAUUCCUGAAGUCAGCAUGUCAAUUACAUGCUCCUUCAAAACU